AUGCAACGAAAAAAUCCUUUAUUCAUAUUUGUUAGUAUUUUUUCUAUCAUAUUUGCUCUUGCAAGUUAUAUUAAAAUCUUUCAUGAUACUACGGAAAAAGCUUUAGCAACUUCCAAUGCAUUAUCUUAUCGUGGAUGUAUUGUAACAUUAAUACGAAGUGAUAAUCUUAUUAGUUUAAAUAAAUUAUUAAAUAUGCUUAAUUCAUUACAACUUUAUUUUAAAAAUAUUCAUCAAUAUCCAAUCUAUUUAUUUCAUGAACCAACAUUAACAAACGAAACCAAACAACAAAUAUUAUAUUGUGCAUCAAAAUUACGAAUAAAUUUUUAUGAAAUUUAUUUUAAUAUUACAAUUCAAUCGAAUCGUUCGGGUUAUGCAUCAAUGUGUCAAUUUUGGUCGUAUGAUAUUUGGUUUAAAUAUAAUUUUCUUCAAAAUAAAUGUGAUUAUGUGAUGAGAUUUGAUGAUGAUUCAUAUUUAAUAAAUUCAACACAAUAUGAUUUAUUUGAAUAUUUUCAUAAAAAUCAAUAUGAUUAUGCUUAUAGAUCAAUUUAUAGUGAUAAUAAUGGUUUAGAUUUUAUUCAAGAUAAUCUUCGAACAUUUUUACCAACAAAUCAUACUCGACGUGGAUGUAUACAAUCACAAUGUACAUUUUUAAAUGGACCUCAAGGUUAUGAUGGUUUAGCUGUUUAUAAUAAUUUUUUUCUUAUGCGUCUUAAUUUAUUUUAUGAAAAUCCAAUUGUAGAAAAAUAUUUAAAACAAUUAAUAUCAAUAAAUGCAUUUUAUCGGUAUCGUGUUGGUGAUGCAAAUAUUCAAACAAUAUCGUUAUUAUUAAUUGAAAAAUCAUUGAAAAUAUCUUAUCUCAAUUUUCCUUAUAAUCAUAAUGUACAUGGAGCGGGUCAUGAUAGUACAUCAUUUACUUUUUAUGCAAAUACAGCAUUUAUGUGGCAUUAUCAAAUGAAAAAACCGAAUAUAACGUGUAGCAAAGUAUUUAUUGCAACUAAAUAUACACUUAUUGAAAAAAAUCUUUAG